AUGGCACCAAGAGAACUGGAGGAACUAAAGAUCCAGUUUCAGGAGUUGCUAGACAAGGAUUUUAUCCGUCCUAGUGUUUCUCCUUGGGGUGCUCCAAUGCUCUUUGUUAAGAAGAAAGAUGGAUCCUUGAGGCUCUGGCAUGUAAUCUCUAGCAAAGGGAUUUCAGUAGACCCCCAGAAGAUUGAAGCAGUUGACCGAUGGGAACAACCAAAGUCAAUGCAAGAGAUUCGUAGUUUUCUCGGAUUAGCUGGGUACUAUCGGAGAUUUGUGGAAGGAUUUUCUAGUAUUGCUGCACCUUUGACUCGGUUGACUAGAAAAGGAGUAAAGUUUACUUGGUCUGAGGCUUGUGAAGCAAGCUUCCAAGAGCUCAAGCAGAGAUUGGCGAGAUUAGGGGCAGUUUUGAUGCAGUAUGAUAGAGUAGUAGCUUAUGCUUCUCGUCAGUUGAAAGAUCAUGAGAAGAAUUAUCCCGUACAUGAUUUAGAAUUAGCAGCCAUCAUUUUUGCCCUUAAGAUUUGGAGACAUUAUCUCUACGGUAUUACCUUUGAGAUAUUCACUGAUCACAAGAGUCUGAAAUAUCUUUUCACGCAAAAAGAGUUAAACCUUCGACAGAGAAGGUGGAUGGAGUUUCUGAAAGACUAUGCCUGCACUAUCAACUACCACCCUAGAAAAGAUAAUGUAGUAGCAGAUGCAUUGAGCAGGAAGUCUAGAGGAGUAUUGGCAACUCACAGGGCGGCAGUUACAGAUCUAGUUAAACAGUUUUCAGACUUAGAUUUAGCUGAAGUAGGUUACCACUCUGUUAUUCAAAUGGCACCGUUAGAGGCACUCUAUGGCAGAACAUGUAGAUCUCCUAUCUUAUGGGAUGAUGUUGGCGAGAGUCAACUCUUGGGCCCUCAGAGUGUUCAGCAGGAUGCUGAGCUAGUACGAACCAUUAGACAGAGACUGUUGACUGCUCAGAGUCACCAAAAGAGUUAUGCAGAUAGAAGACGAAGAAUGUUAGAAUUCGCGGUAGAUGAUCACAAGUAUGUUCCAGAUCCAACACAUGUCUUGAAGGAUCUUAAAGUUCCCCUACAGUCUGAUGCGACAUACGAAGAAUUCCCUGUUCGUAUUCUGGAUCGCAAGGAACAUCUUUUGCAGAACAAAUGCAUCCACCUCGUAAAGGUUGGGUGGCAGCACCACUCUGAUCAUGAAGCAACUUGGGAACGUGAGGAUGAUAUGCGCACUCGAUAUCCUCAUUUAUUUACCUGA